AUGGAGCACUCAGCUACCGGCGGAUAUCCUCGCCCAAGCUCGCGCCGUUUCUACAGAGUCUACAGUGGUGGUAUCGGAGUCUCCUUGACCCAGAAACAGUUCACACGCCAAAUAUCCGACGCAGGACUCGAACUUGACGUCCUGUACUUUCCAAGUCCAGACGCAACAAACGAUCGGCUGCAUGCCACUGUUUGUGGAUGUCAUACGAAGGACGAGCUCGAACAGUGGGCAGAAUCUCAGAACUUCCAUGUCGACGAUGUGCUUAACGGCUUCACUAUUCUAGCGAUGCCAGUCGAUGGUGCUGAAUCACCUAUAUUGGACGUCAUUACGGUUCCAGGCCUCAAGAGCCAUCCGAUCGGCUCCUUCAAAGGACAUGACGGCUAUCUUUGGAUCAGAGAUUCUUUGAUCCGUCUGGACCCUUACAAAAGAGCCCGCAUCAUGGCUUAUGGAUACCAUUCCGAAAUCGAAGGCAAUUCUCUUCACAACCUCUCACACAUCGCGCAAAACUUCACCAAUGACCUGCGCAUAGCCCGGACACUAAACCCGCGGCGACCUCUCAUUGUGAUCGCGCAUAGCCUAGGAGGUAUUGUGGUCAAACAAGCUAUGUGCGAUUGGAAAGACAAUGGCAAGCAUGAGCUCCUCACAUCUAUUCAAGGUUUGUUUUUCUUUGGGGUACCGAACAAGGGAAUGGAAAGAGCAGCCACCGGGCCCUUGUGGGAAAUCGCGCGUGAUGAGCCAACUCGCUUUCUCGUUGGUAUCUUGGAGAAGGGCCACGAAACUCUACCACGCUUGCACCGGAAUUUCAUGAGGCUAUGGCUGGCCGAAGGUGUCUGCCAAGGGGUUCCAAUCUACAGUUACUUUGAGAAGAGACUUAGUCGGGUGGUCAAAAAGGUGAAUGGCUGUAUACAAGAGACAGAUGACAUGGCUGUUCUGGUCGAUGAUACCUCGGCCACGCAUGAAUGGUCACCAGAGACGGCCGACAUUCAUUGUAACCCAAUCCUCAAGGACCACAGGCAGCUUGUGAAAUUCUCAAGGGGAGAGUUCUUUGAAAGUCCCGACUUUGGCAGAGUGCUGGACGGCCUGGUUCAUGUGGGUCAAAGGGCAGAGUCUGCUUACCAAAGGCGAUCACCUAUGGCAGUCUUCGAUUCCUUGGUUUCUCAGCCGAGGAGAUACUCUCGACUACCGCAGUGUGAUGAUUACCUCAACCACGUCGUGCCUGAGGCUUAUGAGCAAUACCGGUAUGUCUACGAGCACCUGUCCGGAAACAGGAACCACAUAACUUUGGCGGACCUCGACGAUCAAGUCUUCCGAGGCAAGCAGCAACGAACCCUCAGAGACAAUUGGAAUAUUAUCCGACGAGACAAGACAGAGAUUCCGUGGGAGGACGUGCAACUAAACAGGCAUCUGACCAUGAGUUUGCUUUACAUGAUACACAUGGACCUUAUUAAGAUCAAAACAAAGAAGCCAAACCGACUCGACGAGGCUACCUACAGGAGAGUCGAGCGCUUUGACGACUGGGUAUCCUGCCAAUGCUCGCGACCCUGUGGUUUGGAGUGGAACUUCGUGAGUGACUCUGGAGUCUGGAGACCGGCGGGCCCCCAAGCACGACAAGAUCUUUGCAAAACGAAAACCUUCAUCGACCACGACGGUCUAUGUCACCAGGCAUGGAGGGAAGGACGGAAGUCUCUCGGUCGGACCAAGAAGAAAUGGGAGGAUUAUUUGAAAUGA